AUGGUUUCAAGAGAGCUGGCCCGUUUGCGCGCGUCUUGCGUGUGGAACCCACCUUCCAAAUGCCACUCGCAGCACCAGCUGGGUUUGCACAGGGCAGGGCGAGCCCUCGACCGAAAGAAGGAAUCGUUGGAUGCCAAGCCUUUCCUGGAUGAAGCCAGGGAUUAUUUGGAAAGCCCUCACCUUCUCCAUGUCUUCAGGUCAGUCUCGAAUGUGACGGCUGAGAGACUGCCGCAGGAACUGGCAAAGACUGGAGGGAAGGCUUCUGCCCUGAAGGAGGGUACUGUGCCCUUGGCAACGCUCUUCGGGGGGUGCAUCACCCUAGGGAAGAACUUGUUUCAG